GCGAGUAUAGAGAGGGAAAGAGAGAGAGGGAGGUUCCGCGAUCUGUCGUCGUUGUCUGUUUGUAGCUACCGUGUUUCUUUUUGCUGAUAUUACAUCACAUUUAUCAUCGUUUUUAAGAGACACUUUAUUCUUUUUUUGGGAUAGGAUACUCUUAUGAACCCUUUAAUUCACAUCGACAUUUGGUAGCCUAUUUAUUUUUCCUGUGAGUCUUUUAGACGACGGAUCAUGGCAAGUGCGCUGGCGUCUAGUGUCCGUGAGUACGAUUUCCGAUCGUCCGACGUUUGUAAACAAUAGUGUGUAAACGUUUGCGUCUAAUCCGACUUGAGAUCGUUUCUUUAGUGGCGUACGCUUCAUUGUAGUCGUUGUCAGUCGCUGUAAUCGAGCAAUACACACAUACAGGCAGGCAAAGCACAACUGUAACGUAUUUAUCCGUUGAGAUUACAACUUGAUUUUAUAAUUGAUUUAUAAUUCACACCAGACUGUUAGUCAUAUCCAAGCAAUCAUUCUGCAAGAUCGAUCUUGCACGUGUCGAAACGCGACGCACGCAAUAUUAAUCGUACAAGAGCAAUUUCGCGCCACCUGACAGUUGAAGUUUAAUACGAAGCUGUGAGGAUUAAUCAAACAUAGCCUGUGAGAACAAUUUAAGCACAUUUAUUUACCUGUGGUAUCGCGAGCAAGCACCCCCCACGCACAAACACACACACACGCACGCGCAAAAAUACACAACCGUUGGCUAUAUCAAGCAUCCCUCAAGGAGCAUCUCAUCAGACCGUCCAAAAAAAGAGCCUGAACGACGCGGUGGAAGAAUGGCCCUCUCAUUUAUUGCAUUGAUUCUCCUUUGGUCUUUCUCUCUCACCUCGGCGUCACGCAAUACAACAGCAGGCUGUGCCAUUAUUCGCCCCCCACGUGAUGGAGGGAUAAGAUACAGGGGUCUGACCCAAGAGCAGAUUCGUAGCGUGCAGGUGUUGCCUGUAGACUACGAAAUCGAGUACAUCUGCAGAGGGAACAGGGUGAUCGUAGGGCCAAAGGUCAGAAAGUGUUUGCCCGAUGGCACUUGGACUGAUCUGACCCAGCACAGCAGAUGCUUACUGCCGUGCGCGAGGGUGUGGACGUCUCUGGAGAACGGGCGAGUGACCGUGCACCCUCCAGGCCCGGCAGUGGAGGGCACCAUACUGCACUACUCGUGUCUGGAGGGUUUCAUCCUGGUGGGCAGAAACAGCACGCAGUGCACUAAACUCGGCAAGUGGGACUCACCCAAACCUGUGUGCCACUAUGACAGACAUUAUACAGGCAAGAAGAAACUCUACAUCGGAGCCCUGUUCCCUAUGAGUGGAGGAUGGCCGGGCGGGCAGGCAUGUCUUCCUUCUGCUCAAAUGGCUCUGGAUCUAGUAAACAAGAGAACGGAUAUUCUCCCGGAUUAUGAACUUGAAUUAAUCUACUAUGACAGUAUGUGCGACCCAGGAGAAGCCACAAAGCUUCUGUAUGACCUUCUCUACACGGAGCCCAUAAAGAUCGUCCUGAUGCCCGGCUGCAGUUCAGUCUCCACGCUGGUGGCCGAAGCCGCUCGCAUGUGGAACCUCAUAGUGUUGUCCUACGGCUCCAGUUCCCCGGCUCUCUCCAAUCGACAGCGAUUUCCAACGUUCUUCCGAACGCAUCCAUCCGCCACCCUGCAUAACCCCACCCGCGUGCAGCUCUUCCAGAAAUGGAAGUGGACCAAGAUCGCCACUAUCCAGCAAACCACUGAGGUCUUCACCUCGACGCUGGAUGAUCUAGAGCAGAGGGUGAAGGAGGCCGGGAUCGAGAUCAGCGUCAGGCAGAGCUUCCUUACGGAUCCCGCAGUCGCCGUCAAAAACCUCAAGCGCCAGGAUGCUCGGAUCAUCGUGGGUCUGUUCUACGAAACGGAAGCCAGGAAAGUGUUUUGCGAGGUCUAUAAGGAGAAGCUGUAUGGGAAAAAGUAUGUGUGGUUUCUGAUUGGCUGGUACGCCGACAACUGGUUCAAGAUUAAAGAUCCAUCCAUCAACUGCACCGUGGAGCAAAUGACUGAAGCUGUGGAGGGGCACGUUACCACGGAGAUUGUGAUGCUCAAUCCAGAAACGGUUCGAGGGGCCUCCAACCUGACCUCACAGGAGUUCCUAACCCAGCUGAUGUCCAAGCUCGGUGGGAAAAAUCCAGAGGAAACCGGCGGAUUCCAGGAAGCCCCUUUGGCGUACGAUGCGGUUUGGGCCCUUGCUCUGGCUCUCAAUAAGACAGUGGGGCCCUUAAAGGCUAAGGGACGAAGGCUGGAAGACUUUAAUUACAAUAACAAGGACAUUACGGCUGAGAUCUACAGAGCCCUUAACACCAGCUCCUUCGAGGGAGUAUCGGGUCAUGUAGUGUUUGACGCACAGGGCUCCAGAAUGGCUUGGACACUCAUUGAACAACUGCAAGGAGGAAGCUACAAGAAGAUUGGAUACUAUGAUAUGACCAAAGGCAAUCUCUCCUGGUAUGGGAAUGACAGGUGGAUAGGCGCUGAGCCACCUGCGGAUCAAACUGUGGUUAUACAACAGUUCAGAUAUCUGUCACAAAAACUCUUCAUCUCAGUUUCUGUUUUUGCUGGUUUGGGGAUUUUGAUGGGGAUCGUUUGUCUGACCUUUAACAUUUACAACAGUAACGUAAGGUAUAUACAAAACUCUCAGCCUUACCUGAACAACAUGACUGCGGUCGGCUGUAUGAUGGCUCUGGCAGCUGUUUUUCCUCUGGGAAUCGAUGGACUUCAUGUACAGAACUCUCAGUUUCCUGUGGUCUGCCAGUUUCGUUUGUGGCUGCUUGGACUCGGUUUCAGUUUGGCUUACGGCAGCAUGUUUACAAAGAUAUGGUGGGUCCACACUGUGUUCACGAAGAAGGAUGAAAAGAAAGACAAGAGGAAACAACACCUGGAGCCCUGGAAGCUGUAUGCCACCGUCGGGGUCCUGCUGGUUAUUGACGUCCUGUCCCUCAUGAUUUGGCAGAUUGUGGAUCCCCUGUACAUCACGGUGGAGAAGUUCACUAAAGAAGCGCCUAAAGGGGACGUGGAUCAGUUGAUUGAACCGUUGCUGCAGCACUGCAGUUCAGAGAAGAUGAACACAUGGCUCGGAGUCGUGUACGGCUACAAGGGCUUACUGCUGCUCCUGGGUAUUUUCCUGGCUUACGAAACCAAAUCUGUGUCCACCGAGAAAAUAAACGAUCACCGAGCUGUCGGAAUGGCCAUCUACAACGUAUCCGUGUUGUGCAUGAUCACCGCUCCCGUCACGAUGAUCCUGUCCUCCAAGCAGGACGCCUCAUUCGCCUUCGCCUCAUUGGCCAUCAUCUUCUCUGUCUACAUCACACUAGUUGUGCUUUUUGUUCCUAAGAUGAGGAGGCUGAUCACUCGCGGUGAAUGGCAGUCAGACCAGCAGGAAACCAUGAAGACCGGCUCUUCCACAAACAACAAUGAUGAAGAGAAAUCCCGUCAGCUGGAGAGAGAGAACAAGGAGCUGCAGAAAAUCAUUCAGGAGAAAGAGGAGCGAGUAUCAGAGCUCAGAAACCAGCUGUCAGAGAGACAAGCCCUGCGCUCCAGGAGACGCCCGUCAUCGACCAAUCAGAACCACAGUACGCCGUCUUUGCCAAAUCCUCAGAACGAUCCCAAAUCCCUCCUACCCCCACCAGGAUACCCCCUACCCGCUUCCGACAACCACUCUCUCCCUCCCACCUUCUCAAACUCCUCGGUCCUUUACCAGCCCGACGGCAAGAUAAACCGCAACAACUGUCACCCCAGCCGACUGCAGCUCCUCUACAAGUGAACGCGGAGAUAUCGCAGAUGUUAAAGAGGAAGCACAAACGGGGCAAAGCAAAAGUGGAGACGCUACCUUGAUCCACUUUUCUACCCAACAGGACCACUUUUUUUUCUUUCUUCGUUGGUUUCUUUUGUUUUCAGCACGGGAGGUCGUGUUGUUGACUAGUCUCGAGAAUCUGUUGUUGUGUCACCACAUUUGAAAGCCACACACAUGCUGUGAGAUGCGCUAGUUUGUUUGAAUGACUAAUCCUCUGUGAAAAGAUGACUUGCGAACAUCCUCGCAGACACUUCUUCGGUCAAAGUGGAUUCUGGGUCCAAAAUUAGAGGUAAAAUACUUGCCAGUUAUUUUGCCAUGAACUGCAGCAAUAUGUGGGCUGAAUUUUGUGAACUUCGCUAAGGUGAAGAUGACCUGCAUGAUAUAAAUCAAAAACAUAUAAAGCAUCUACUUAAGAAGAACAACUAACAACCUCAUUGGAAAUUGUAUCUUCGGAAGUUCAUUCAGGAUGCUGUACGUUUAUUUACUUCUCUGGACGAAACGUGACAUUAAAUAAACCAUCA